UUAAAUACAACAUAGGAACCUCACUAAUGCAAACUGAAACUUUGUCAGUCUACUUCCUCUUCUGGCUAGAUUUACAGCAACGCCAUCAUAACUUUUCACGCUCUCAGUGCAGUUUUCACAGUCUCUCAGUGCUGUGCACAGAAAUGGACAACAGUGCUCAAGGUGGUAAAGCAUAUGGUCUUCUAAAGUCUCAACAGGAAGAAAAACUCAACUCCAUCAAUGAGGCUUUUCUCUCAGAUCCCCAAUAUGCAGAAGAGGAAGACCUUGCCUCAAAGCUUGAAAUGUUCAAAAAAAAAUACAUGGAGUUCGAUCUUAACGACAAAGGAGAGAUAGAUAUAAUGGGGCUGAAGCGAAUGCUGGAAAAACUGGGACUCGCCAAGACCCACUUAGAACUGAAAAAGAUGAUGUCAGAGGUGGUUGGAGGGACAUCGAAAGACACUAUCAGCUACAAUGACUUCCUGAAUAUGAUGCUGGGGAAAAGAAAUGCAAUACUAAAACUGAUCUUGAUGUUUGAAGGCAUGGGAAAGGAACAGGAGCCGAAAAGCACUGGACCACCUCAACGCAAAACCUUUUCAGACCUGCCCUGAAAGAGCUCUCCAUCCUAAAUCCAUUGUUUGCAAAGGACUUUGAACUGCACUAACCUGUCUGAAAGGUGCUGGUGAUACAACAAAGUGUGAUUGAUUGACUGAUUGAUUUUCAGAUUUAAACAUCACCUAAAUGCCUUAAAAUCCAUGUCAGUAGGGAAACAAAUCUAAACAUCUUGUAAAAAAUGUUAUUAAAUAAUGGAAUCUUGAUAAAA